AUUUCUACUUUUCUUUCUGUUAGUAUAUAUAAAAAAUAAAAUGUCAGCAUCAAUAGAGAUGGAAAAACUAAAGGCUAAAAUAAUUGAGCUUGAAAACUUGCUAGAACGACAAAAUAAUGAAAGCAUGAAAACAAGAACUAAAAUAAAAGAAAUGAGUUCAGAAGUGGUUGAUAGCAACCCUUAUAGUCGUCUUAUGGCUCUGAAGAGGAUGGGCAUUGUUGACAAUUAUGAGAAAAUCAGAGAUUACAGCAUAGCUAUUGUUGGUAUUGGGGGCGUUGGAAGUGUCACAGCAGAAAUGUUGACCCGGUGUGGGAUUGGAAAGUUGAUAUUAUUUGAUUAUGACAAGGUAGAGCUGGCUAACAUGAAUAGAUUAUUUUUUCGACCUGAUCAAUCUGGAAUGAGUAAAGUUGAUGCUGCUGUGAAUACGUUAAAAGAUAUAAAUCCCGAUGUUGAAUUUGAAGCUUACAAUUAUGACAUAACAAAAGUUGAUAAUUUCACACAUUUUAUGGAAAGAAUAAGCAAAGGAAGUCUAACCAACUGUGCUGUUGAAUUAGUUCUUAGUUGUGUUGAUAACUUCGAAGCAAGAAUGGCAAUAAAUACUGCUUGUAAUGAGCUUGGUCAGCCGUGGUUUGAAUCUGGUGUCAGCGAAAAUGCAGUAUCUGGUCAUAUUCAAGUUAUUCUACCUGGCGAGACAGCAUGCUUUGCAUGUGCACCUCCACUUGUUGUAGCGUCUAACAUCGACGAAAAGACAUUAAAAAGAGAGGGUGUGUGUGCAGCAUCUUUACCGACUACAAUGGGAAUUGUGUCAGGAUUCUUAGUACAAAAUACGUUGAAAUAUUUAUUAAAAUUUGGAACUGUGACGUAUUACUUGGGAUACAAUGCCAUGCAAGAUUUCUUUCCAACAAUGACAAUGAAACCAAAUCCACAAUGCGAUGAUCGUUUUUGCGUGAAACAACAAAAAAUAUACCAGGAUAAGCUGGCUUCUGCGCCUAAAGAAAUUGAAGAGACGAAAGAAGAAGAAGUUGUUCACGAAAAUAACGAGUGGGGCAUUUCAUUGGUGGAAGAGUCUGCAGAUUUAAGAGAAGAUACGAAACUGCAAGAUUUAACUCAAGGUUUACAAUAUGCAUACACCAAGCCUGCUGAAACGGCUGAUGCGCCCUCCGCCACAGAUGCAAAAACAGCUUCAGAGGAGCAUAACACAGGCGAACAGAGUUUAGAAGAAUUAAUGAACGCGUUGAAGAGCGUAUGAAAAUAAAUGUAUUUAAUAGCUUAUUUUAAUUUGUAGGGUGAUAAAAAUGUAUCUAUGAUAAAAUAAAAGCGUCCAUCUUGA